GAUUGAUGCUACAGGUAAUGAGCUUCGACGAGGAGCGCGAUAACAUAAUUACUUAAACUUUAUUAAAAAAUUAAUUUGUCCUGAUAACAGAAAACGAUGCACAGGUGCAUGUGGAACAUCGAACAUAGCGCAUGCGUUAAAUUUUUAACAGAGAAAUCAUCGUUCGCCCUGUAGCAUAGUGAAUGGUAAGUGCUGUAAUGGCGAGCUCGAUUGAGAUCCCUCUCCGGGAUACGGACGAGGUGAUCGAACUUUACUUGGAUCAACUCCCGGAUGGUGAUGAGGUCCUUGGUAUUCUGCGGCAAGAACAUGCCCAGCUCAAUAUCUGGGUCAACUUGGCGCUGGAGUACCACAAGCAACAGAAAAUCGAAGACUUUAUUAAGAUCCUUGAGUCAUCAAGAAUCGAUGCAAAUGUCGAUUAUAGAGACUAUGAAAAAGAUCAAAUGCGAGCACUGGACAUGUUGGCUGCACACUAUGUCCAAGAAGCCAAUCGUGAGAAAAACAAGGAUAAAAAGCGGGAUCUUUUCACCAAGGCUACCCUGCUGUAUACUACUGCUGAUAAAAUCAUCAUGUAUGAUCAGAACCAUCUCCUUGGAAGGGCGUAUUUUUGUCUACUGGAAGGCGAUAAGAUGGAACAGGCAGAUGCACAGUUUAACUUUGUAUUGAAUCAAUCGCCGAAUAAUAUUCCAUCAUUGUUGGGCAAAGCUUGCAUAGCAUUCAACAAGAAAGACUAUCGUGGGGCCCUCGCUUUCUACAAAAAAGCAUUGAGAACAAACCCAAAUUGUCCAGCAGCUGUGCGAUUGGGUAUGGGGCACUGUUUCAUGAAAUUGGGUAACCAGGACAAAGCUAAAAUGGCAUUUGAGAGAGCUCUUCAGCUGGACGCUCAGUGCGUUGGAGCCUUGGUGGGGCUUUCAAUUCUGAAGUUGAAUCAGCAACAACCAGAUAGUAUCAGAACUGGUGUUCAAAUGUUGUCAAAGGCUUAUACGAUCGACUCCACGAACCCUAUGGUUUUAAAUCACCUAGCCAAUCAUUUUUUCUUCAAAAAAGAUUACAACAAAGUUCAGCAUCUUGCUUUGCACGCUUUCCAUAAUACUGAAAAUGAAGCUAUGCGAGCUGAAAGCUGUUACCAACUUGCCAGGGCCUUCCAUGUUCAAGGAGACUAUGAUCAAGCUUUCCAAUAUUAUUACCAAGCAACACAGUUUGCUCCACCUGUUUUUGUCCUCCCUCAUUUUGGCUUGGGUCAAAUGUACGUGUAUCGCGGAGACGCUGAGAACGCAGCACAGUGUUUCGAGAAAGUCCUAAAAGCCCAGCCUGGGAAUUAUGAAACAAUGAAAAUUCUUGGCUCUCUAUAUGCCAACUCGAACUCUCAGUCGAAGAGGGAUAUCGCAAAAAGCCAUCUCAGAAAAGUAACUGAACAAUUCCCUGACGAUGUCGAAGCCUGGAUCGAGUUAGCACAGAUUCUUGAACAGAGUGAUUUAACAGCUGCUUUGAAUGCAUAUGCCACAGCGACUAAAAUUCUGAAAGACAAAGUUCAGGCUGAUAUUCCACCAGAGAUCCUGAACAAUGUUGGUGCUCUACACUACAGGCUUGGGAAUUUAGAAGAGGCUAGAAACAACUUGGAAGAUUCAUUAGCUCGGUCGAAAACGGAUGCCGAGCAGGAUCCAGUUUACUAUAAUUCUAUAGCAGUAACAACGACGUAUAAUUUGGCUCGCUUGAAUGAAGCAUUGUGUGUAUUUGACCGGGCAGAAAAAUUGUACAAAGAUAUUUUAAAAGAACACCCAAACUAUGUGGAUUGUUACCUGCGUCUGGGCUGCAUGGCCAGAGACAAGGGACAAAUCUACGAAGCUUCCGAUUGGUUCAAAGAUGCUUUGAGGAUAAACAACGAGCAUCCAGACGCCUGGUCGCUGCUUGGAAAUUUACAUUUAGCUAAGAUGGAAUGGGGACCUGGCCAAAAAAAGUUUGAACGUAUCCUAAAGAAUCCUGCUACAAGCACAGAUGCUUACUCACUCAUAGCUUUGGGCAACAUUUGGCUUCAAACCCUUCAUCAAAGUGGGAAAGAUAAGGACAGGGAAAAGAGGCAUCAGGAUCGAGCUUUGGCGAUGUUUAAACAAGUUCUCAGAAACGACCCAAGAAAUAUAUGGGCUGCGAACGGUAUAGGAGCCGUACUUGCACACAAAGGCUGUGUGAAUGAAGCAAGAGAUAUAUUUGCCCAAGUGAGAGAAGCAACUGCCGAGUUUUGUGAUGUUUGGUUGAAUAUUGCACACAUUUACGUUGAACAAAAACAAUUUGUUAGCGCGAUACAGAUGUAUGAAAAUUGCUUGAGGAAAUUCUACAAAUAUCAUCACGUAGAAGUUCUCCAAUAUUUGGGUCGAGCCUACUUCAAAGCUGGGAAAUUAAAAGAAGCCAAGAUGACGUUGUUAAAGGCCCGCAGAGUAGCUCCACAAGACACGCUGCUAUUAUACAACAUAGCCCUAGUCUUACAACGUUUGGCGAUGCAAAUUUUGAAGGACGAAAAGUCGACGUUGGUUGUCGUACUGCAAGCAGUGCACGAAUUAGGAUUAUCCCACAAGUACUUCCAAUUCCUUGGUACACAAGGUGAGAAAAUGGAUCAGCUCGCCGAAACAGAAGCAAGAAAAUGUCAAGAUUUAUUGUCGCAAGCACAAUAUCAUGUCGCUCGAGCUAGGAGACUGGACGAGGAAGAUAAAAUACUUCGUAAGAAGCAGGAAGAGGAACGACAAGCAUUCAGAAUUCGACAAACGGAGGAACAGAAAAAAGUGGAGGACAUGCGUCGGCAAAAAUCAGAAGCGAUGCUGCAAAAGAGACAGGAAUAUGUCGAAAAGACUAAAAAUGUAUUACUCUUUGGUGACAUGCCGUCAGAAAAAGCUCCAAAGAAGGGAAGGAAGCAAAGAACAGAGCAAUAUCUCAGCGAUAGUGGCUCUGAUAGAAACGAACGUAGAGAAGAGACGACUUCUCGAGAGAAAAAACGCAAACGAAAGAACAGCGGAGACCGAAGAGAGCGCAAAUCUUCAGGAAAAGGCCGAAAGAAGAGGGAUGGAGAUAGCGGAGAAAGUGGAGAAUCAGGCAGUGACCGACCAAGAGCAAAACGUGGUAGAAAAGCAGGAACGACUAACAAGGCUAAAGGUUCUCGAAAGGGAACUGCAGAUUUGUCCGCGAAACAAAAGAUGCGAAUUGUUUCUAAGGAAACUAUUUCAACCAGUGAAUCUGAUAGUGAAAACGACAGGCCUAAAAUCGCCAGCGGAAAUGAGAGCGCGGAUGAACAUACCGGACGCGGAAAACGCAGAAUUGCAUCAGACUCUGAAGGGUCUCGUGCCUCGCGAUCCCGAUCUCGGUCUAGAUCGAAAUCUGGCAGUCGUUCGCGAAGCGGUUCCCGUUCACGGUCGGGUAAUAGUUCUCGGUCGAGAAGCGGUUCAAGAUCUCGGUCACGUAAAAGUGCAUCCAAAUCCCGCAAUAGAUCGCGGUCGAGCUCCAGGUCUAAUAGCGGAUCGAGAAAAAGUCGUUCGAAAUCGGGCUCUCGGUCAAGGUCCAGAUCUAGGUCGAGCAGUGGCUCUCGGAAAAGUCGUUCUAAAUCUAAAUCGAGAUCAAGGUCAAGAUCAAAAUCUGGAUCAAGAUCAAGAUCAGGAUCAAGGUCUAGAUCACCAUCUGAGUCACGAUCUGGGAGAAGCAAAUCCAAAAGCAGAAGCAGAUCCAAGUCUGGAUCAAGAUCCAGAUCAAGAUCGCGAUCAAAGAGUGGUUCUCGGAGUAGAAGUGCAAGUGGAUCCGCGAGGUCCGCGAGUCCAGUUUCAAGAAAAUCAAUUUCUGGCAGUGAAGAUGGAUCACGACAUUCAAGUCCUCAACGAAAUAGAGAGAGUGGUAGUGAGUAAAUGUUAUGUGAUAAAUUGACUGCAAUCAAUUGCUUAAUUAAUUAAUUAACUAACUUUCGUUACUUAUACUCAAAAAUCAAUAUUACUAAUUUACCUCGAAUCACAUUAUUCAAAAUGGUAUUCCAUUUUGCCCAUAGAUAUUAACAUUCUAGAAAACCCUUGAGUUUGUAUGAUAUUCUCAAUUCGGUUUGUGUGGUUUUUUUCAGUUCAAUACGUAAACAAUUUACGAAGAUUUUUAAUUGUCUCAAAAAAUGUCUGAAUAAAGUACUUUCAUCAUAA